AUGGCCGGCAAAGUCGAAACUCGUCCGCUCGGCAAGAACGGUCCUGAGGGGGAUGAAGAGCGCUUCGCCUUAUUAGACAAGGCCUACGAGAUGGGGGAGACCUUUUGGGAUACCUCUGAUGCGUACGGCGACUCGGAGGAUCUGAUUGGGAAGUGGUUCGCUGCCAAUCCUGAGAAGCGCAAAGACAUUUUUCUCGGGACCAAAUUCGGCGUCCAGUUCGACCCGGCAACAGGGAUGAAGACAAAUUCAACCCCGGAGUACUGUCGCGAGGCCCUGGACAAAUCGCUUAAACGACUAAGACAAUCCUGUGUCGACCUAUACUACAUCCACCGCUUGGACAAGGUCACCCCAAUUGAGAAGACCGUCGAAGCCAUGGUUGAGCUCAAGAACGCCGGCAAGAUUAAGCAUAUCGGCCUGAGCGAGUGCAGUGCCGAGUCUCUCCGCCGAGCCCAUGUCGUGCAUCCCAUCGCAUGUGUUCAGGUCGAGUACAGUGCUUUCUUGCUCGCCAUCGAGAAGAACAAACUUCUCGCCACCGCCCGGGAACUGGGCGUGGCCAUCGUCGCGUACAGCCCCUUGGGCAACGGCAUCCUGACCAACACCCUCCGCACGCGCCAGGACUUCACCAAGCCCGGCGACAUGCGGGGAAUGCUGCCGUGGCUCAGUGCGGACAACAUCGAGACCAACAUGGCUGUUGUCGACAAGAUCUCCGAGAUUGCAAAGGCAAAGGGCGUUACGACCGCACAGUUGGCCUUGGCUUGGCUUCUCAACCAGGGUGACGAGAUCUUUGCGAUUCCUGGCACCACCAAGGCUUCGCGCGUGGCAGAGAAUUUGGGCAGUUUGUCGAUUACUCUGACACCCGAGGAGGAGCAAGCGAUCCGUAAGUUGUCCGAGGGUGUUGUUGGUGGUCGAGUGCAGGACAUGAUGGGCGGCUCGUUCCUUGAUACUCCACCCCUGUAG